GAGGGCUUCGCUGUGAGCGUGGAAAGCAGGGGCGCAGCUGCGGGGCGUGAAUCCGAAAGGUGAGAGCCAGAGCCAGCGAGCCGAGGGGGCGGGCAGGCCACGAAAAAUGUCCUCGGCCGUGGGGCCCCGAGGUCCUCGCCCACCCACCGUGCCUCCCCCUAUGCAAGAGCUGCCCGACCUGAGCCACCUGACCGAGGAGGAAAGGAACAUUAUCAUGGCAGUGAUGGACCGGCAGAAGGAAGAGGAGGAAAAAGAAGAGGCCAUGCUCAAUUCUUUCAGUCUCCUGUGCAGAAGAUAUGGCAAGUGUCGCAAACCUCAAAUCGAUACUGUAUCCUGAGGGUUUCAAUGAUACCCCAAAUUGACUCACAUACAUGGCUCAACAAGGCUUCAAACCCAGACUCUCACAACAAUUGCAGCUGCUUCCCCAGGCACUACAUUGUUUUCAACCAAGA